ACGAUUCAAAUGGCCUAUUUGGAAAUAUGACAAUAAUAAAAAAGUUUCCAGAAGAUACUCAGAUAAAAUUUAUAAUGAAGGCAGCAUCAAUGGGUGAAUAUGUAAUAAACAUGGGAUUCGAUUAUAUGGCCCAUUUCUGUGAUGCUUUCAAAGAACCUAUACUUUUAGGCCCAUUUUACAAGGCAAUCGGAUUUGAUUUGGACAAUUGCCCACCUGAUGUUGGUGUUUACGUAUGUGAAAAUUAUCACACACCAUUAGACCAACUACCACAAGUUUUCGUGCCAAACAAUUAUAAUGAUAUUGUCGAAUUAUUUUGUGAAGAACAAAAAAUAUUAACUUUGCAUAUAUUCGUCAAGAUUGUGUAGUUUAAAAAUUGUCAAAUAAUUGAUUGCAAUUAUUUUUUCUUGCAUUAGACGUAGCUUGAAUCACUU